UCUCCGACUUUCUAGGACGUGUUUUUAUGCCACUUCUUUUUCUGUCUCAUUUUGUCCACCACACUUUUAACGUUGUACUUGAGUGCACAAAGAGUACGGCCCCAGCCUCCCCGAGAGCCCAUCCCACAAACAGUAGGUGUGGUGCCCAGGGAACCAGGGGCCACCGCCCCCACGCAGCCAAGCCGGACAGCGACAGGGACCCCAGAGCCCGGCCCACCGCGCCGCCCACAAGGGCCAGCAGCAGGCCGCAGACAGACGCACCCGGCAGAGGACAAGGCACGAGAAAAGCAGGGGGCAGCCAGACCCCAAGCCAGCGAGAGACCACACCCCACACGGACAGAAAGGCGGGACGCCCCGCCCGAGGGGCCCGGAGACCCCCCGCAACCGGACGGGAAGACCGCCCCCGCCCCACCGGAGAGCGCGGCGAGGCCAGCCCACUGCCACCCCACCCAAGCCGGCCGCCACAGGACCACCCAGCACGGGGCCACAGGAACCACCCACCCCACCCGCAGGGACCCCAACGAUGGAGAUGGAACAACCAGCAACCGCCCCGCCGAGUCCCCCCCCCUGAGGUAGGGGAAUAAAUAAAUAAAAUAAAUAAAUACAUAAUAAUAAUAAUAAUAAUAUUAAUAAAAUAUAUUAAAAAAAUAAGAAUAAAUAAAUAAUUAAAUCUAUUGAUAAAAAAAUAAAAUAAAAAAUAAUUAAAAGAAGAUCACAGACAUGCUGACACACAAGGUCGCUACCCCAACAACUGGCCGACUCGCAGCACCUCGGAAUACCCUGCAGCACCAAGCUACCACAGUAGACGCAGGGACCAGACCCAGCAGACCCCAACCAAGAUGGGCACCCGGAAGGGAUGGACAGUGGGACCCAGGAGCUCCAGACACGCAGUCCGGAUGCAGUAGCCUGAGGCGCCGACCCCCACCCGACAGGCAGGCCCAGAACGUACCCCCAGAAAUAUACAUACAUAUAUAUAUACAUACACAUAAACAUACACAUGUACACAUACACACACAUACACAUGCAUACACAUACACAUAUAUAUACAUACAUACAUACAUACAUACAUACAUACAUACAUACAUACAUACAUACAUACACACACACAUACACAUACAUAUACACACAGUUUGUCAGCCCCGACAACCACCACGCGCGCGCGCUGCCACCAGUCACGACAUCAGCCACCCCCCUGCACCAGACCCAGCAGCCACGGGCGCCCACACCACAAACAAACGGCAGCAGAAACAGCAGCCACAACACCCCCAGACAGCCAGCACCACCCAAUCAAAUCAAAGCGAUCAAAAAAAAAAAACGCGACCGGCAACCACACGCCAACAGGAUCACAGAGACCAGCCAGCGCCAGCCCGCCAGGAAGCCCAAACGCCAACACGCAAACACGCAAACAAGAGACUUACUUGCCAACCUUGAGACCUCCGAUA